AUGAUGGUGUUCUCGGGAAUUCUCAAAUCAACCAACCAAACCCUUUCUCAUCCCUCAGCCACAGCUACCCUGGAUUCAACAUCACAACAAAUCUCAUCAACUUCUUAUGACAGAGGUAGAAGUAGGUCACCUACAGCGACGUCGAUAUCUUCGAUUCCGGAUUUGUCGGGAAGUCCAUAUAUCCGAGCGAAGGAAAACCUUCCACCCCUAGAUGCCGAAAUACCCGAUCUUCGCGAGCUGAACCAUAGCCUUGAAGCGCUUGCGACUAUUUUCCCCGAUGUCCAGGUCGAGGUAUUCCGCGAGAUGCUCUCGAGCUUUGAAGAAGAAUCUAGACUGGCUGUUGUGACAGAAGCUUUGCUCAAACAUAAGAUGAAAUAUGUGCGGGGACGAUAUAGGGUCGCGCCGAAGGGGAAAGAGGAACAGAAGGCUGCAGGUAAUGAGAAUGUGACCAAUCAACAAGACCCGAAGGGGAAUGUGUCUGCAGAAGAGAAGUUCAGGACCGAGGGAUACAAGAAAGCUGUAAAGACAGUGGCAUACCAUGAAUUCAAGGGUCUGCCGCGGUCGACAAUCAAUGCGGUAUUGGCGGAACGCAACCAUUCUUACACAUUGGCUCGACCUACACUCGUCGACUUGUCUUCGAAGUCCUGGCGAUUUUCUAUAUCUUCAUUCUUCUCUCGUCGGAAACCUCUGACGACGGUGGAAGCGGGGCAUCAUCCUCUUGUGAUUUGGCAAUCAACAGGGCAAGGCUCUAUAGUACCAACGAUCAAGGCCACUGGAUCACCGGAAUUGGAUAAAGAACUAUUUGAUUCUCUUAUUAUACCAUUACAGGAACGAUCAUUAUUGGAACGAGAGGAGAAAGAUCAUGCUCUGGCACUCGAAAUAAAUAACCAUGAUGCAGAAGAACAGGAAGCCUUGCACGAUUGUGAAUGUUGUUAUACUGCAUAUGCAUUUGAAGAGCUUUCUGCGUGUGAUAUCGGAGGCCAUUUCAUAUGCUUUCAGUGUAUUAGACACGCAGGUAAUGAAGCUAUCUUUGGACAAGGAUGGCAAAGGAUCAUUGAUCUCAACAGUGGAACACUAAGGUGCCUAGCGGCCAUGUCGGAUGAAUGCAAAGGAUGCGUCCCACAGGAGCAGGUGCGACGAGCUUUUCUCGAAGACAAAGGCGAAGAAAUUUUGCGGAAACUUGACGAACGUCUAAUCGAAGACAGUCUACUGAAAACUGGACUGCCACUUAUACGCUGUCCUUUCUGCAGUUAUGCUGAGAUUGAUGAGAUCUAUCUCCCAAAGGCUCAACAAUUUUGGCGUUUGAAAAGACUUGGCCCAUCUUCUAUCUAUACUAUUUUGAUUUCGGUUUUGGGCGUUGGCAUGAUACCCUUCCUUUUACCUUUUUGCAUCCUUUUUUCUUUUUUGUUUUUAUGUCUCUCUUCAAAACGAACCUUUGGCGACUAUGCUAUCGAGCAAUUCAAGGACUCUAUUAUUCGUUUGCGUAGGAAGCAACAUGGUCUCAAAUUUGUUUGCCAAAAUCAACGAUGUGGAAGAUCUUCAUGUAUUUCAUGCUCGAAAGCAUGGAACGAUAUCCAUAUUUGUCACGAGUCUUCUUUACUUGCCUUGAGAACGCAAGUCGAGCUUGCCAUGUCCUUAGCGAUCAAACGUACCUGUCCGCGUUGCAACACGUCAUUCGUGAAAUCUUCGGGCUGCAACAAAUUAACUUGUGUCUGCGGAUAUCAAAUGUGUUAUGUUUGUCGCAAAGAUAUUGGGUCUGGUGAAGGAUAUAGACAUUUCUGUGAGCACUUUCGACCAAAUGGUGGGAGACGUUGUACGGAGUGCUCAAAAUGCGAUUUAUACCGAUGUGAGGACGAUGAGGUCGUGGUCAAGAAAGCCAAAGAAAAAGCGGAAAAGGAGUGGAUGGACAAGGAGGGUGGGGUAAUAGGCGGCGAUGAAAAGGUUCGAAAGGUAUUGCAGCAGAAAUGGAAAAAGGGGAGAGAUAUUACUUGGUGGCAGGGGGAAGGGUGGUGGCAGUGGAAUUUGCCGAAUAGUGAGCAGAUACUUGAUGCUAUGGUCGAGGGUGUUAUUGAAUAA